AUGCUUGGUCACGUUCUUCGUUCUUUGUCUACUGCUGGGGGUGAUGGCUCUCUUGCCCGUCGCUGGGAGUUUCGUGAUGAAGCUCCUCUUGAGGGUAGCGAUCGGUCACUCUUUAUUGCAAUGGGAGUAAUUGCCCUCUUCUCACUAUGCUCUACCUUCGGCCUCUUGUCAUUCCUUACCUAUCGGUUCAUUUACUGGCAGCGUUAUUAUAAAAGCCCGCUCGGCCAGAACCAAUACGUCGUUCUCAUUUACAAUCUCCUACUCGCCGAUCUGCAACAGGCUAUUGCCUUUACCAUCAGUCUUUACUGGGCAUCCCGGGGUGGUGUUCACUUUGGCGAACCGGCCUGCUACUUGCAGGGAUGGUGGGUUCAGACGGGUGACCCCGGUAGUGGGCUGUUCGUUCUUUCUAUUGCGCUGCAUACUGGUGCAGUGGUGAUGCGUGGUAGACAGUUACCAUUCAAUAUCUUCGCUUACUGUGUUGUCGCAUUGUGGAUGUUCAUUCUGGUUUUGGGAUUCAUUCCUGUUGGCCUCUACGGCAAAGAGGCUUUUGUCAUCUCAGAAGCCAACUGGUGUUGGUUGAGCCCCGAAAACGAAGACGAACGCCUCUGGGGCCACUAUAUCUGGAUUUUCCUCUCCGAGUUCGGCACUAUCGCUCUCUACGCCAUCAUGUUCUUCUAUCUCCGCCGCCGGAUGGCGCAAGCAAAGAUGCUCCGCCGUGGCCAACAAGAAAGCUUGCACCGAUUGAACCGAGUCGUCAUUUAUAUGGUUAUCUACCCAUUGGUCUACCUGGUUCUAUCACUACCCCUCGCCGCCGGUCGUAUGGCCACAGCCCGGGGUGACUCUCCGAGCAAAACCUACUUCGGUAUUGCCGGUUGUUUGAUGGCGCUCUCUGGUUUCAUGGACGUGGUAGUCUACACGCUGACCCGUCGCCACCUCCUCAUCGAUACCGAACACAGCACCACCGACCGCAACUACGACAAUAACACCGACUCUCAAUGGCAGACACAGAUCACAACCAACGCCAACGGGUCCCGCUCGAGAAAGUCCAAACGCGGAGGAUUGAUGAGUUCUCGCUUGGGCUCGCGACUUCGGCCUGGUGUCCAUAACAUUGAUAGGGAUGCGCACAAGAGUCCGUUCGAGGAUUCAACCGAGGAUAUCGUCCCAAAGAACGAUAUCGAAAUGAAUAAUUUCAAUGGCGUGUACCAAGAGACUACUAUUGAAAUUUCCCACGAGCCUGCCCCAAGCGAGUCUGCCGAACAAAGUGUGCGCCGGAGCCUUUAG